CGUCAAGGUGUUCUCAGAAUCUCGGAUUUUGGUCUUGCAGAGUUGAACAGCCGACUUAGUCGUUCUCAUCAACAUAGAAGUCAAGUGCCCAAUUCUCCCACGUAUCGACCACCAGAAUGCGACUUACGUCGGCGAAUCAUCAGGCAGUCAUACGAUAUUUGGUCUCUCGGAUGUUUGUUUCUCGAAUUCAUCACUUGGUUUCUCGGCGGCAAGGACUUACUCUUUGAAUUUGCCCGGAAACGAUGUUCGCCCGAUCCGUAUUUUUCAGGCAUUGAUUCGGAUACAUUUUUCCAGAUUGAUAACUCUGAAGCGAAGGACUCGACGGCAGCUUCAGUGAAGCAAGCUGUAAUCGAGGUGAUUUGUGAUCACAGACUUCACUCUCAUCCUGCAUGCAGCGAAUAUCUGCAUCACUUUCUUGACAUGAUGAUGUAUGGGAUGUUGGUAGUAGAAUCGGAAGAUCCCAAAUCUGGAGACAGACGAAUCACCUGUAUCGAAGUGUUACAAAGGCUGUCUAUAUGGCGAAGGAUGUGCGUCUUGUCUGCAAAAAAUUUUCAGAGCCUGCCAAGCAACCUUGGGAUAAUCAUAGCUGGGAUCACUCUCCUGCCAGGGUCAACUCAGGUGAAGGCCUCGCAGCUCAUCAGAGCCGAGUUGGUAGUGGUUUCAAGGGUCUCCAGAAACGCUCAAGUAUGA